CAUAUAGUCUCUGGACCCGGAAGCGGCGAGUUGCACUUGCUAGCUGUCAGAAUGGCAGGAUCCGUGCUGCCGAGGUCUCUGCUCCGUGCUGUGAAUGAGCUGCUCAAGAAGAAGAGAUACCGAGCGGCUCUGGCCGUCAUCAAGGGUUUCCGCAAUGGAGUCGUAUAUGGCGUUAAAAUCCGGGCCCCUCAUGCGCUGGUGAUGACAUUCCUGUUUAAAACUGGAAGUUUAAAAGAGAAGUUGAAAGCUGUCUUGCAGGCGACAUACCUGCAUUCCCGGAAUCUGGCUUGUUUCGUCUUCACCUAUAAGAGUCUUUUAGCUGCUCAAGAAAAAAUCCAUGGAAGCAAAUGGCAGUUUCACUCCUUCCUGGCAGCUUGUGUAGGGGGGUGGCUGGUGUUCGGAGAGAAUAAUCACAUCAAUAGUCAGAUAAACAUGUACCUGUUAUCCCGAGUUCUCUUUGGUCUGUCAAGACUGGCGGUUGAGAAGGGGUACAUCCCUGAACCUAAACGUGACGUGUUUCCCGUCUUUGGUGCCUUAGUGUGGGGUGUUGUGCUCUGGCUGUUUGAAUACCACAGGCACACUCUCCAGCCAUCUUUGCAGUCCUCCAUGUCUUAUCUGUACGACGACAGCAACAUCUGGCAUGACAUCUCUGACUUCCUGAUAUACAACAAACCCAAACCUGCAAAAUAAGGUGUCGCCGGAAGCCCUCAGAAUGCAAACCUCACGGACUGGACCUGUGAAUAGCAAGGAUUGUAGCAGUAGACAUCGUUUUCUUGAUUGACACUGAUUUACCAACUUCUGGCAGCAUGGUAUGGCAUUGGUCAUAUGUGUAAUAAAAUUCCUAUAAUCUGU